AUGUCGAAACUCAUUGUCAUCGUAGCUCUGUUGAUCGGCAGCGCCGCUGUAGUGAUCCAAGCAGCUGAUUUGGGAAGUGCGAAGGCGGUUCAGCGAAUAGCCUAUGCAUUACUGUUUGGUGACCACUUUCCACAGAAUAUAGGAACAGCUAAGGCGCUCUUUGAAUCCCUGGCCAAGGAAGGAUUUCCAAGAUCUCAAACUGCACUAGGAUUUAUGCAUGCAGCAGGUAUUGGUUUCCCUCAGAACCAAGCCCGAGCUCUUGUAUACUACACAUUUGCUGGACUUGGUGGAGACCUGAGGGCACAAAUGAUCCUGGGCUACAGAUACUGGUCAGGGAUCAACAUGCCUAAGAAUUGUGAAGCUGCUGUUAUUCAGUACAGAAAAGUAGCAAAUCAUGUUGCAAAAAAGCUGUCAAGUGUUCAGCAUGGAGAGGUAGAAUUAAUUCGGAUCUUGGAGACGCCUGAGAACUACAGUACAAAAGCUGGAAUUAUGGAACUGGAUUUAUAUCAGUACUACAGGUUCCUAGCAGAGAGGGGAGAUAUACAGACACAAGUCAGUCUUGGCAAUCUGCAUCUAUAUGGAGGAAAAGGCCUUGAACGAGAUUCCCAUAAAGCCGUGUACUAUUUCUCUAAAGCCGUGAAUGCUGGGAGUACAAAUGCUAUUGCGUUUUUAGGAAAGAUGUACCUUGAAGGGACUGAAGCAACACCUCAAGACAAUGAAACUGCUUUUCACUACUUUAAAUUGGCAGCAGACAGAGGUAAUCCAGUUGGCUUGACUGGCUUGGGUGUUAUGUACCUUUAUGGAAAAGGAAUACCUGUAAAUUACACAAUGGCUUUGAGAUACAUAAAGAAAGCAGCUGAGAAAGACUGGAUGGACAGCAUUUUUCACCUAGGAGUGAUAUAUUUGUUUGGCUUUGGCGUACCAAGAGACUUGAAGGUUGCAUCACGAUAUUUUGCAUUUGCAUCCAAACAUGGACAUCACCUGUCACUUUAUUACCUGGCUGAGAUGUAUGCUACUGGAAAGGGUGUGCAGAGAUCUUGUGACAUUGCAGUUAAGCUUUAUAUACAAGUUUGUAAACUUGGUAGUUGGUCGGAAAUGUUUUUGUCAGCCUAUUUUGCUUACAAAGAAGGUGAUGUGGAUGCUGCCCUUGUUCAGUACCUCUUACUUGGAGAGAUGGGCUUCGAAGAGGCCCAGAGCAAUGCAGCAUACCUUUUAGAAUCAAAUGUGUCUCGAAUUUUCCGUGCUGCAGAGAUGUAUCCACUGGCGCUUCUUCAAUGGCAAAGAGCUGCAGCUCAAGGCUAUGCACUUGCUCGAAUUAAAAUUGGAGACUAUCAUUACUAUGGCUAUGGAACAGAUGUGGAUUAUGAAGCAGCUGUCAUUCAUUACCGUCUUGCAGCUGAACAGCAAGGCAGUGCUCAAGCAAUGUUUAAUCUCGGAUAUAUGUAUGAACAAGGAAAAGGACUCAAAAAGGAUAUACAUCUUGCUUUAAGGAUGUAUGAUAUGGCUGUAGCAACAAGUUCAGACGCAUAUUUUCCUGUUUUACUGGCCAUUUGUAAACUAAGUAUUGUUAAACUCUUCAGGGAUUAUCAGAAUUCCAUGAUUGUGCAGUGGUUGAAGAUACAAAUUCUGAUGUUGGGACCGCAAUGGGAUCUAUGUUUGAUACUGAUACUCACCAUUCUCUUGGUACUGGUGAUUGCAUACAGAGUUCAUUAA